AUGGCCGUACAAUCGGCCGCAAAGCCCAUAAACACACAGGAAAUCACCGACAAGGCUCGCCGGGAGCUGCUACUGCUGCUCGAAGCCGUGAGAGGCAAGAAGAAUCUGGUCAUUGAGAAGUCCUUGGCUGGCACCAUCGGCCUCAUUGUCAAGUUCAGCACUCUGCAGGAGUACGGCGUUGACAAGCCUUUCUUCCUCGAGAACCACAAUGUCGACUCCAGCCAGCGAAAUAUCGUUUUCAUGGUACGAGGAGAGAAUGCGAAGAAGAUUCGCAUGGUAGCUGAGCAGAUCAAGCUGGUCCGAAGCACAAGUCAGAUAGACCAUGUUUUCACCAUAAUCUGGGUGCCACGCCGGACUCUCGUCAGCAAUCUGAUUCUCGAGGAACAUGGCGUCUUGGGAGAGGCGAAUAUCACCGAGUUCGCGCUCAACUUUGUGCCUCUCGAGCCAGACGUACUAUCUCUAGAACUCGAAGACGCCUUCAGCAGUCUCAGCCUGAGAAAGGAUCCCACCAGCAUCUUCGCGUCUGCAAAGGCGUUGAUGCUGAUGCAGAAACAGUAUGGUCUCUUUCCAAGGAUUCUCGGCAAGGGCGACAAUGCUAAACGACUGGCGGAAUUACUCCAGCGCAUGCGACAAGAAGAAGACGUGAAUGCAUCGGCAGAUCCCAGCAAUACCUACCUUUCUGGCUUUGGUCUCACCCCGAGCGCUUUGAUAGAGAAUCUCAUCAUCAUCGAUCGCGAUGUAGAUUUUCCCACCGUGCUCUCUACGCAAUUGACGUAUGAAGGUCUUGUGGACGAAGUCUGGGGAAUCAGCAAUAAUAAUACCGAAGUCGACUCCUCAAUACUGGGCGGGGCACCUGCGACACAAUCACAGCAGACCGGCUCUACUACCACGCCCACCGCAGCUACCAAGCGCAAGGUCAUUUUAGACUCCAGCGAUAAGCUGUAUCCAGAUUUGCGCGAUGCCAAUUUCGCAACCGUUGGACCAGCUUUGAAUCGCAUAGCGCGGCGUUUGGCUUCGGAUAGCGAAAGCAUGCACAACAAAGACCAAACGGUUGCAGAUCUCAAGAAUGUUGUUGCCAAGCUCCCAUCAUACCAAGCAGAAUCUGCGGCCCUCAAGGUCCAUACCAGUUUGGCAGAAGAAAUCCUGAAGACGACGCGUAGCGAGAGCUUUGGUCGCAUGCUCGAAGUUCAACAGAACCUCCUCGCAGGAACCGAUCCGAGCAGUCUACACGAGAACAUCGAAGAGCUCAUCGCUCGAGAUGCACCUUUAUCAACCGUCCUCCGGCUCCUCUGCCUCGAAAGCUGUCUCACCAACGGCAUCCGCCAACGAGACCUCGACACCUUCAAACGCCACAUCCUCCAAGCCUAUGGCUACCAACAUACCCUAACCCUCACCAACCUCGAAAAAAUGUCCUUGCUCAUUCCCCGAGAAUCCCACAGAGGCUACUUAAACCCCAUAGCAGGAUCCCUCGGCCAAACAUCCACCGACUGGUCAUCAAUCCGCAAAACUCUCCAACUCUGGACCGACGAAGUGCAAGAAGCCGAUCCAACAGACACAGCCUACGUCUUCAGCGGCUACGCACCUUUAAGCGUCCGAUUAGUCCAGAGCAUUCUCCAAAAAUCCUACCUCCAAACCCUUGUGAAUCCCGGUAAGCAACAGGCCCCCGUUCCUGGACCUACCGGCACCGGCUGGAAAGGUUUCGAGGAUACCUUGUCGAGAAUCCGGGGAGCCACGGUCGACGUGACCCAAAAAGGUAGCGACGCAGAUGCGUCGCAUGCGCGGAAGAUCCUGCGAGGAAGUAAGGAGGGUCCCAAGACCACGGUUGUGUUUUAUUUGGGAGGUGUAACGUAUGCUGAGAUUGCCGCUUUGAGGUUGGUGAGUAGGCAGUUGGAGGAGAGUGGAAGUGGGAGGAAAUUGGUGAUUGCUACGACUGGGAUUCUUGGGGGGAAGAGAGCGGUGGAUGUGGCGAUUGAGAAGCGGACGUUUGCAGCGUGA